AUGCCUCUUUCCACCCUUUUUUUUAUGUCUCCCCGCCCCUUCAACCCCAGUCCCCUCUCGAUCGCCGUCUUUUUCGUUUCUUUCUUUCUUUCUUUCUUUCUUUCUUUCUUUCUUUCUUUCUUUCUUUUCCAUGCUCCCCCCCCACCUCUUUCUAUCCAUCUUUACCCUCCAACCCUUCUCAAUCAUUUUUUUAACAUUCUUUAUACCACCAUUUGGGAAAAAUCACCUGAACGUAAUCUUUUUUUCUACUUCGUAAUGUUCUACAAUAUUUCUUUCUUUCAUUCUUUCUUUCUUUCUUUCUUUCUUUCUUUCUCAGUCUUUUCCUAUUUCUCUCUCUCUCUCUUUGUCUAUCUAUCUAUCUAUCUAUCUAUCUAUCUAUCUAUCUAUCUAUCUAUCUAUCCUUUUCCAUCUUUCCCUUUCUUCGGUCCUUUUCUUUUAUAUUUUAUGUUUUUUCUUCCUACGCGUAUCUUUCUUUACCUUUCUUUACUUAUCUUCCUUCCUUUUUUCUCUCUUUCAUGCUUUUCUUUUUCAUUUUAUGCAUUUUCCUUUUCUUUUUGUAUCUUUCUACGACUUUUUUCCUUUUCCUUUAUUCUCAGCUUAUCUUUCCUUCCUUCUUUUUUCCAUGCUUUUCUUCCUUUUUUAUCCAUUCCUCAUUUUUUCUACAGAAUCUAUCUAUCUAUCUAUCUAUCUAUCUAUCUAUCUCAGCUUGUUAUACAUCUCUGUCUGUCCAUAUCUAUCUAUCUAUCUAUCUAUCUAUCUAUCUAUCUAUCUAUCUAUCUAUCUAUCUAUUUUAGCUUGUUAUAUACAUCUCUGUUCAUAUCUAUCUAUCUAUCUAUCUAUCUAUCUAUCUAUCUAUCUAUCUAUCUAUCUAUCUAUCUCAGCUUGUUAUACAUCUCUGUCUGUCCAUAUCUAUCUAUCUAUCUAUCUAUCUAUCUAUCUAUUUUAGCUUGUUAUAUACAUCUCUGUUCAUAUCUAUCUAUCUAUCUAUCUAUCUAUCUGUCUUUUCAUUAUCUAUCUAUCGAUCGAUCGAUCUAUCCUAGCUUGUUAUAUACAUCUCUGUCUGUUCAUAUCUAUCUAUCUAUCUAUCUAUCUAUCUAUCUAUCUAUCUAUCUCCGCUUGUUAUAUACAUCUCUGUCUGUUCAUAUCUAUCUAUCUAUCUAUCUAUCUAUCUAUCUAUCUAUCUAUCUAUCUAUCUAUCUAUCUAUCUAUCUCCGCUUGUUAUAUACAUCUCUGUCUGUUCAUAUCUAUCUAUCUAUCUAUCUAUCUAUCUAUCUAUCUAUCUAUCUAUCUAUAUCCUAA